GCAUGAAUACAACUUCCAGUUUCUACUCCAUUUAGCUGCACUUUGUAUGUGUGUGUGUGUGUUUGUGUGUGUGUGUGUGUGUGUGUGUGUGUGUGGUUUGGUGUUGUGUGAGAAAGAGAGAGAGAGAGAGAGAGAGAGAGAGAGAGAGAGAGAGAGAGAGAGAGAGAGGUCCCGGAUGUGGCCUCAAGGCAGCAGCAGUAGCAGGACAGCAGGCACAGUCAUGGCUAACAUUGCGGUCCAAAGGAUCAAGCGGGAGUUCAAAGAAGUUCUUAAAAGCGAAGAGACAAGUAAAAACCAGAUAAAAGUAGAUUUGGUGGAUGAGAACUUCACAGAGCUGAGGGGAGAGAUAGCAGGUCCUCCAGAUACACCAUAUGAAGGUGGCAGAUAUCAGCUUGAAAUCAAAAUCCCAGAAACCUAUCCUUUUAACCCGCCAAAGGUGCGUUUCAUUUCUAAGAUCUGGCACCCUAAUAUUAGUUCUGUGACUGGAGCUAUAUGUCUGGACAUUUUAAAAGACCAGUGGGCAGCGGCUAUGACCCUGCGGACGGUGCUGUUGUCUCUACAGGCUCUCCUCGCUGCAGCAGAACCAGAUGAUCCACAGGAUGCAGUAGUAGCAAACCAGUACAAGCAAAACCCAGAAAUGUUCAAACAGACGGCAAGGCUGUGGUCUCAUGUCUAUGCAGGCGCUCCUAUCUCCAGUCCCGACUACACACGCAAAAUAGACAAACUCUGUGCCAUGGGCUUUGAUAAGAAUGCAGUAAUAGCGGCCUUGUCUUCAAAAUCCUGGGACGUGGAAACGGCGACAGAAUUGCUCCUCAGCAACUGAAACGCAGCCAGGUGUGAGGAUCCCAACUCCCUUCAUCAUGACAUCAGCUCUUUCCUGGCAACCAUUCCACCAUUGCCUUUUUGUUACACAGGCCCCUCUCACCUCCCCAUUCGCCACAGCAGUCUGAGCCUUCUUUUAUAACAAGUUUGUUUGCUACAAACUCAACAACAGUAGCUCUGCAAUUGCCAAUAUGCACAACACCCUGUUGCCUGUCUGAUCCCAUCUGUCCAUUACGCUGUCUUUUCUUCCACUAACUCCAAAUGUGUAUCCUUGUGAUAAGCUACCAAAACCUUUCACUCAUUCAUCUUGUCUUCUAUGCUCUUUAUGCAUAUUGGCUCUGAAACCUUUCAUUUUAACAAAUUUCUGUUCUUAAUACUGCAAAGAAUCAAAUAACUGCCAUUUCUUGGUAGAUUGUGCAGGGUAAAAUGUGGAAAGGAAAUCUGCAUACAGCUCUCAGUAAAUCACCAUUAAAUUAAAUUUACGCUAAUGGAUAGUGUUCUGCAAUGAACAGUGUGAUGGAUAGUUCCUGAACAGUUUAUCAUAGAAACUUCAAUGACCUGUAGAGGUUUUCUCUCCGCAGAAUUAGAAAAGAUUACUCAAACAUCAAACAGAAAAGUUAUCUGUAAAUAGAUGUGUAAAUUUGAAAAUACAAUGCGAUUAUACUUUUUUUUUCUUACAUGGCAUUGUAAAACAAAUUAUUUGAAAUAUAAACUAUGCCUACAAUUAUAUGGACAUAUACAUUUUGAAUGCUUCUGUGAUCAAUGAGAAAUCCCUCUUUUUUUUUCUUUUUAAGAUUGUUGUUUAGGGAUGACACAGCCAAAAUCCUGGCCCUAAUUGGACAGGAGGUGACAGCCAGCUCGGGCCCUUACAUGCAGCCUUUCCUGCUACACCACAAAACCAACUUUUUCUUGUCCUUGCAUGUUCUAUGCUGCCUUUUGUUUUAUUUGGCCAAAUGAUGUGGUGAUGGGGGUUGGGUGGGGUCUGUUCGGUUCAACUUCCCUUCAGACUUGUGGAACUCGCGAGACUCUUUCUAAUUUUUGGAAAGAGCGAGACACCUGGAAGCUCUGCUCAACAGGCCACUUCAGCACAGUUUGGCACAGUAUCUCUAGUGAACCAAAGCCUUUUCUGUUGAGUAUGUUGCUGGGAAAUAUUCUCUUCUGCUCUGAACAGAUCCAGCCUGGCACCAACAGAAGAAACACCUCAAGAAGAAAUGAGUGAUUCUGAAUGUCAUUAAGGAUUUUGAGUUGAAAGUUUUUUUUAAAUACUAAUUUCAGAGCAAUCAUUCUCAACCAUAGGCAUGAUACUUUCAGCCACUGGUUAGGGGAUCUGCUCACCCUCUGUUCUGAUGUUGAUCAUUAAGAGGGGGGCGCUUUAUCAGAAUCCUUGAUCCAAUCCAGCAGUACGCAAUCAAAACUUUGGCCAUAUAUAGAGGGGUAUAGGUGACUUCCUAUAUUACCAAACAUGCUUUACUAAACAGCCAAAUAAAAUACUCAUUGAGGUUAACUAUGAAUGAUGUCUAAUGAGUAGUUAAGAGGCUGGAACUCCUCUGAAGCAGAUAGCAGGCCUGCACAGUGUUUUAAUUUGAGGUACCCAGACUAUAAAGAAAUGCUUCAUAUAUAGGGAUGUUGAUGAAUCCUUACACCUUUAAAAAAAAAAAAACAAAUCUAACUUUUACUAGGCCUCCAGCUCAGUUGCUACCAACAGGGGCAUGUAACAGUAUUAUACAGUUAUCGUGCACAUUCUCCACGGAUGGUGAAGUUUGACAGCCAGAGCCACACAAAGGUUCGUAGUCAAAGGUAGACGGCACACACCAUCUCCUUCGCUUGUAAAUAGUCCAGUUCUUGAUAAAGAGACGUCUCGUUAUCACUGGAGUGCACCAUUGAUGGCUAGAUCUAUAUUUUGUAAGAAAAAUGAAAAAAAGGCCCCUUCCUUCCCUGUGUUCUCACUAUGUACAAUAUUGCACGAUGACGAAGCAUAGAAAAAGGGGCAGUUGCAUCUCAGUUUCUCCAUUUGGAUUGAGACUUAUUUUCCUCGUUUCCUUGGAAGCGAGCAUCAGCAGUAUAAAAGCAUGGUUAUUUAUUG